ACCUUGAGUGUCUUAUCUUCUACACUUUCUUAGGUACAUUCAUUCCUGUAGGGGUGGUUGUCUUAUUACCUAAUUAAAAUCGUGUUCUGUCGACACUUUUUACCGUAAAUGUUUGUGUCUUGGUUCCACAUUUAGAAGAGUCUGAAUCUAGCAAGUUGAGCAGCACAUGAAAAAGAUAUUUUUUGUUCUUAUUUCCCGCUUCAGUUUGUGAUGAAGAGCCUGGAUUUUUCCUCUUCAUCUAUCCGCAGGUGAUACCUUUUUGUGGGUGCUUUGUUUAUGUUCUUGAUUUUGUCUACGUUGGCCGUUGAUAAAUUAUGUGGUGAAGAUAUAGCAGCCAUCUGUUUGCAAUAUCCUAUUACAAGUCUCUGUUGUCCAAUUUCUGUAGCAAUUCUCUUUGAUAAAUCAGCUCUGCAACUUUUGUAUUAGCUUUGCCACUUCUAUUUUCAUUCGGCUUUGCUUCAACAUCCUCUUCCUCUCUCUAUCUCUCAUUUUGAGUGUUACUAAUGAUGAUUACUGGGAAUGUUGUGGAACUGCUUAUGUGGGUGUCUAUUUUGUGUUUGAUAUGUGUUUCAAAUGGAUUUGAUCCUGUAGACCAUUAUCUGAUAGACUGUGGAUCCCCCAUCAAUACACCGGUGGGUGAUCGCGUAUUUGUGGCUGAUAACCCUGAUUCCAAUAGUCUUUCAACCCCACAAACUAUUUCUGCAAGCACAACCCAGAAACCGAUUUCAUCUUCCAAUGAUUCAGCUCUGUAUCAAACAGCACGCAUACUAGAUGGAGCCUCCAGGUACACAUUUCCAAUUAGGAAACCUGGGAGGCACUGGAUUCGUCUUCAUUUCUUCCCCUUUGUUUAUCAAAACUACAACUUGAGCAUGGCCAAGUUCUCGGUUUCCGCUCAAAAUUUCACCUUCAUUAAAGAAUUCAAAGUAGAGAAUGGUCCUCAGGUUAAGGAAUAUUCUUUGAACUUAACUUACAGCAAUCUAACUCUCACGUUUAUCCCUUCUUCCAAGUCGUUUGCUUUCAUAAAUGCCUUAGAAGUUCUUUCACUCCCUGAUGAUCUCAUUCCUGAGGGUGCCCGCACAAUUGGUCCAGAGGACAGUUACCAAAUUGUGUCAAAGAAGGCAUUAGAGACGGUUGCGAGGGUGAACAUGGGCAAUAACAAUAAGCCAGUCUCUCCCCAAAACGACCCCUUGUGGCGCCUUUGGGUCUCUGAUGAUACGUUUCUGAUACACAAUAAUCUUGCAAAGUUUGUGUCAAACACUAAAGCUGUCAACUUCACAAGAGGUGGGGUAGCAGAAUAUAUUGCUCCCUCUUCUGUCUAUGGCACCGCCACUAUGUUGAACUCAGAAGCUGAUCCUUCCAUGAAUGCCAAUCUGACAUGGCGUUUUGUUGUUGACCCUGGCUUUGAGUAUCUGGUCCGGUUUCACUUCUGUGACAUAGUGAGUGGCUCGGCAAAUACUCUAUUCUUCAAUGUUUAUAUUAACUCCAUGCUCGUUUUGGCAAAUCUUGAUCUUAGCAAACUAACAUCAAACAUUUUGGGUGCCCCAUAUUUUAUGGAUGUGAUCACAAGAGUAAAUGAUAGCUCUAAGCUAAAUGUAAGUGUUGGGCCUUCUAAUGUUGGCAAUCAUUGGCCAAAUGCCAUUCUUAAUGGGCUGGAGAUCAUGAAGAUUAGCAAUGCUAAGAGCAGCCUCGAUGCCUUGGAUUCUGAUUUGAAAAAAAAUUCUAAGAUGAAAGUUGGUGUUAUUGUGGGUUUGACCAUUGGGAUGUUCACUGCUGUUAUUGUGGCUAUUGUCCUCUUCUUGUUGUGCAGAAGAAGAACAUGUGCACAUGUCAGCCAUUCAAAGGCAGAAGAUAAUUUUAACGGGACUGCCAUUUUUUCUAGCUCAAAGAGAGGGUAUCGCUACCCUUUUGUGGCAAUUCAAGAGGCUACUGAUAAUUUCAGUGAAAGCUUACUUAUUGGUGUUGGUGGCUUUGGGAAGGUUUACAAGGGAAUUUUGAGAGAUGAAACAAAAGUGGCAGUGAAGAGGGGAGUUUCUCAUUUGGGAUUUGCAGAAUUCAGAACUGAAAUCGAAAUGUUAUCUCUGGUCCGUCAUCGCCAUUUGGUAUCCCUGAUUGGUUACUGUGACGAGCAAAAUGAGAUGAUCAUAAUUUAUGAGUACAUGGAAAAUGGGUCCCUUAAGAACCAUCUGCAUGGUUCUAAUGUUCCCGGCUUAAGUUGGCAACAGAGGCUUGAGAUAUGCAUCGGAUCAGCAAGAGGGCUUCACUAUCUUCAUACUAGCUCUGCCAAGGCAAUCAUUCAUCGUGAUGUCAAGCCUGCAAAUAUACUACUAGAUGAAAAUUUGAUGGCCAAGGUUGCUGAUUUUGGGCUUUCAAGGAGUGGCCCUGAGAUUGACGAGUCACAUGUCAGUACUGCAGUGAAAGGAAGCUUUGGUUAUCUCGAUCCAGAGUAUUUGAUAAGGCAACAGCUGACAGAAAAAUCAGAUGUUUACUCCUUUGGGGUGGUCAUGUUGGAAGUACUUUGUGGGAGACCUGUUAUUGAUCCAUCCCUUCCAAGGGAAAAGGUGAAUUUAGUGGAAUGGGCAAUGAUGUUGCAGAAGAGAGGGCAAUUGGAGGAAAUUGUUGAUCCUCGUCUGGCUGGCCAAAUUAAGCCAGAUUCCUUGAGAAAGUUUGGAGAAAUAGCGGAGAAAUGCUUGGUCGAACGCGGUGUUGAUCGACCAUCAAUGGGAGAUGUGUUGUGGAAUUUGGAGUGUGCACUUCGACUCCAAGGGAAUGGAAAUAGCUUUAAUCAUAAUGGUGAGAUGUUGUCACAGAUUAAUCAUGUCAAUAACUUGGAGAUCAGUGUAUCUUCUGCACAGUUCAGCAUGGGAAGCGUAGGCGACCUUGCUGGUAUUUCAAUGAGUAAGGUGUUUGCUCAAUUGGUGAGAGAGGAUAAGAGGUAGAUGAUGGUAUAACAGUGAUAAGGUAUUUGCUCAAAUGUUUGCUCAUUUGGUAGAUGUGCAGAGUGGGUGUGGCUGUAGGAUUUUAUGAUGAAUUAGCUUGAUUUUGUGUCUCAUUAAACGUGUGAGUUCCUACCCCAAAAAAUCUGUGCGCAUAUAGCAUUUGCAUAUUCUGACCUGCUUGUCAAUGUGUGGCUCUUGAUUUAUUCAAGGUUUUUCACUGC